AUUUGAGUGCACAGUUUAGAUAACUUUGUACACAUUGCAGGAUUACAAGACCCUGCAUUUUUCCAGGACUCGUUCCCUAAUUACGAUGGACUGAUCAAUUCUUUCAUCGGAUGGUAAUGAACCUGCUCCACAUUGUGUACAUGGGAUCACUUCCUAAAGUGGAAUACUCACCAUUGUCUCACCACCUUAGUUUGCUUCAAGAAGUUACUGAGAGCAGCAGCUCUAUAGAAAAUUUGCUGGUUACAAGUUACAGAAGAAGUUUCAAUGGGUUUGCUGCUAAGCUUUCUGAUUUUGAGGCGCAGAAGCUCGCAAGCAUGAAGGAAGUAGUCUCAGUUUUCCCAAGCAGAAUUCUCGAUCUUCAAACAACAAGAUCAUGGAGUUUCAUGGGUCUUGAUGAGGGUGCACGUCGAAAUCCCAUUGCUGAGAGUAAUGUUAUAGUUGGUGUUAUGGACACUGGAAUCUGGCCUGAAUCAGAAAGUUUCAGUGAUAAAGGUUUCAGCCCUCCUCCCAAGAAUUGGAAGGGAAGCUGUAACGGAGGCCUAAAUUUCACUUGCAACAACAAGAUAAUUGGAGCACGGUAUUAUAACUCAACACAACUUAGAAUUCUUUCUGCAAGGGAUGACGUUGGUCAUGGAACACAUACUGCAUCAACAGCUGCAGGGAACAAAGUAAUGGAUGCAAGUUUUUUUGGCUUCGCACGAGGAACUGCAAGAGGAGGGGUACCUUCUGCCAGAAUUUCUGCAUAUAGAGUUUGCAGUGUUGAAGGAUGCAGUGGAGCAGAAGUUUUGGCUGCAUUUGAUGAUGCCAUUGCUGAUGGAGUUGACAUUAUAACCAUUUCAGUGGGACCUAGUUAUGCUCUAAAUUAUUAUGAAGAUCCCAUAGCAAUUGGAGCUUUCCAUGCAAUGGAGAAAGGGAUAUUUGUCUCCCAAUCUGCAGGCAAUAAUGGUGUUCAAAUAGGAUCAGUAUCGAGUGUAGCACCAUGGAUACUCACUGUGGCUGCAAGCAGCAAAGAUCGUCAGAUCAUUGACAAAGUUGUUCUGGGCAAUGGAAAGACAUUAACUGGGACUUCGAUUAACUCUUUUGCCUUAAAAGGGGAAAACUUUCCUUUGAUUUAUGGGAUUGGUGCAUCAGCAACAUGCACACCUGAAUUUGCUAGAGUUUGUCAGCUAGGUUGUCUAGAUGCAAGUUUAGUGAAGGGGAAGAUUGUGCUGUGCGAUGACAGUAGGGGGCAUUUUGAAAUUGAGAGAGUUGGUGCUGUUGGGUCUAUCUUAGCAAGUAAUGGAAUUGAAGAUGUUGCUUUUGUUGCCUCAUCUCCUUUUUUAUCUUUGAAUGAUGACAAUAUUGCUGCUGUGAAGUCCUACAUAAAUUCCACAAGUCAGCCUGUAGCGAACAUAUUAAAAAGUGAAGCAAUUAAUGAUUCUUCUGCACCUGUCGUUGCUUCCUUCUCCUCGCGGGGUCCCAAUCUGAUUGCAUUAGAUCUUCUGAAGCCAGAUAUAAGUGCACCAGGAAUAGAGAUACUGGCAGCAUUUCCAACUAAUAUUCCUCCAACAGAAAGCUUGCAUGACAAUCGUCAAGUUAAAUUCAACAUAGUAUCUGGAACCUCCAUGUCUUGCCCCCAUGCCGCAGGUGUAGCAGCUUAUGUUAAAUCAUUUCACUCUGAAUGGUCUCCUUCAGCUAUCAAAUCCGCUAUUAUGACCACUGCUUCACCUAUGAAUGCUACCACAAGCUCAGAUGCUGAACUUGCUUAUGGAUCUGGACACCUAAAUCCUUCAAAAGCUAUUGACCCAGGACUUGUGUACGAAGCAUCCAACGAAGACUACAUAAAGUUUCUUUGCAGCGUUAGUGGCUACACUGAAGAUAUGGUCAGACGCAUUUCAGGGGAGAAUACCACUUGUCCUGAAGGUGCUAACAAGGCAUUACCAAGGGAUCUGAAUUACCCUUCUAUGACUGCCGCAAUCGCAGCUAAUGAGUCUUUUACGAUCAGCUUCUACAGAACAGUUACCAAUGUUGGCCUACCUAACUCAACAUACAAAGCAAAGGUUUUCACAGGUUCAAAACUCAAAAUCAAAGUGGUUCCUGAAGUCCUCUCCUUUAAGGCCAUUAACGAGAAGAAGUCUUUCAAUGUGAGUGUUGAUGGUAGAUAUUUAGUUAGUAAAGAGAUGACGUCUGCAUCACUGGUGUGGUCUGAUGGAAGUCAUAUUGUGAGAAGUCCAAUUGUUGUGCACAGUUAUACCUCUGAAUGAUAUAUAAAUCAGCUUUCAGCUACUGUUUCUUAAGUUUUUAUCAAACACUUUAAUGUAAUUGUUUAGUGGAAAACAACUAUCAGCCGCAUCAAAUUUAUGAACCAAACACUCUCUUUA